AUGCCGAAACUCGCACUGCAGCUCAAAGCGCAGUUCAACAAUGUCACGCACCUCCUCCCCGCCGAUCCAGACCACACAUUGAUGCUCAAGCUCAAAUGCACCUCUUGUCACGAGGAACACUCUAAGCUGGUGGGCGUCACCCCAUCGGACGAGAACGAGAUGACCAAGGGUGCCCGAGGCAGUGCCAACCUGGUCAUGAGCUGUAGUUUCUGCAAGAAGGAGAGUUCGGCGAAGUUCGAGGAGCCCACGACGAAGGCGCCGUUAUGGAGGCCGAUCGAUGCAGACGAGGCGGGUGCGACAUGGCAGACAUUGUGCGUGCUCGAUUUUCGUGGUCUGGAACCGGUAGGUUUCGACCCGAGUGGUUCGUGGACGUGUCAAGGGCUCGAGUCCGGGACCACCUUUGAUGGGGUAGAGUUCGACGAUGGCGUGGAGUGGAUGGAUUACGACGAGAAGGCAGGAGAGGAGGUCAGCAUUAUGGAGCUCGAACAUCGAUGGCAGCGAGUCUGA